AUGCUGCCUCUCCUUGCCCUGUUUCUCCUGAUUGGGCCGUCAGUGUGCACUACAGCAGGAGACAGAGAAGAACUGGCUUUCGGUGCAGAUGCAGAGUCCUGGGUGACUGUGAACCUGAAGGGACUCCCCAUCGCCAGCAUUGAACUGCAGCUUCAGGAGUUGAAGAGAAGCCGGACUCGCCAGUUCUAUGGUCUGAUGGGGAAGCGGGUGGAGGGAAUACAUCCGAUCCAGUCAACGGAGAGAAUGGGGUAUCAGCUGGGACGUAUAGUGCAGGACCUCCUUGGCACAAGAGAAGGAACCUGCAGACAGGAGACAAGUCACCAGAGUGCAGGGCCCGGAGCACUGGCCAGAGAAAGCCUCCAGAGUCAAGAGGAAGAUGAGACUCCCCUAACCACCAGCAGCAUGUAGCGCUCUCCCUCAGCACAGAAGAGGAUGGCCAGAGUUCAGAGAGCCCCAAGGGACACCUCCCAAAUGAUGCUGUGCCCAUCUCUCCCCUGAACAUCACAGCUGAGCCUCAGUCAACAGACCUGUGUCUUCUGUCCUCAACCUGGGUAUUUCCUGCCAGCCCCACACCAACCAAACUCUGCAUUUUUCCCAGGACUCUUGGCAUCUGGUAGCAACGACCCACAAAGCACUGUUGCCUCCUCACAAGCUGGACUGACCCAGCUCUCCCUUGUACCUAAGGCAAAGCUUCAUACUCUGUAUCCCAUGCCUAGCAUACAGUAGGGCUCAAUAAACGAGUUAGCAGUCAGAGGGAGCUUCCUCAGCCGUGCAGGGUAGAGGGUGGGACAUCAGAAGAGCAGGGAGUAACAUGACAGCCCAGGUCCAAUCUUACGGUGGGAAGAGCUUAAGGCCUGGCUAAAAUGGCAAUAGAGACAAGAAAGAGACCCUAGAGGAGAAGGUACUGCAUGCAUUGGGGUGGGGUCAGGAGUCUUCUUCCCUUGAGAUUCCUGAUGUUCCAACAGACGUCCCCCUCUGUGCUGAGGCUACGGCUCGGCAGGCUAAGGCGAUUGCUGCCAAGCCUGACAACUUGAGUUCAAUCCCCAGGACCCACAAGGCGGAAGGAAAAAAAUUGCCCUUUUACCUCUGUGUGUGUCAUCGCAUGUGUUACACAAAAUAAAAAGACAGUUUUGAAAAGAG